GUGUACAAGAAGACAACAAUGAAAAUUUAACUCAUCUUAGAAUUAAUAUUUCAUCUUCUAUCCUAUAAGGCCGGAAUGUGGCCUCAAACAAUUUGUUAUUAUCAAUGAAGUUGCAUCUUUCAAACCAAAAAAAAAAAAUUGAUACGGAGGAAUAAUAAAAAUGAGGUGAGUACAAUAUGUCCUUCAACCUCGCCGUUGAGGAUCUUUUCGUCUUUUUACUUUUUCACAAAAAGAAUAGCCACACUCUUUUUUCAACCACCCAAUGUCAACCAACCAAACUGGAAAGACAGUUUAACAAAAAAAUUAAAAUCUAAUUUUCCUUCCCCCUCCCAAAAAAAAACUCCGGCCAAAUUCGCCGGAAAAUGCAUUCCCGAUUCACAUCCCUCAUUUCCCGAUCAUUCAAAUCCAAUCACCACCAACAUCUCCUCCCUCAACUCUUCUCUUCCUCCGCCGCCACGUCAUCAUCAUCUCCACCUCAAUACCCACAAACCCUCGAAGGUCUCCGCCACCGUUUAGCGGCGGAGUCACCAACGCUCUCCGAUUUUACCAAACUCCAAUCGGAUAAAGAGUACUCGGUCGAGGUGGGUACGAAGAAGAAACCACUACCGAAACCGAAAUGGAUGAAGGAAGCGAUACCGGGUGGAGAGAAAUACACGCAGAUUAAGAAGAAGUUGAGGGAAUUGAAGCUCCAUACUGUUUGUGAAGAAGCCAAAUGUCCCAAUUUGGGCGAGUGUUGGUCUGGUGGUGAAACCGGGACUGCCACUGCUACUAUCAUGAUUUUAGGGGAUACUUGUACCAGAGGCUGCAGAUUCUGCAAUGUGAAGACAUCACGCACUCCCCCUCCUCCUGACCCAAAUGAACCUGCCAAUGUGGCUGAGGCCAUUGCCUCAUGGGGGUUAGAUUACAUUGUAAUUACCAGUGUCGACCGGGAUGAUUUAUCUGAUCAAGGGAGUGGUCAUUUCGCUGAGACAGUGCAAAAGUUGAAGGCGUUGAAGCCACAUAUGCUCAUAGAAGCACUUACUCCAGAUUUUCGAGGAGACUCUGGGUGUGUUGAGAAAGUUGCAAAAUCAGGAUUAGAUGUUUUUGCUCAUAACAUUGAAACCGUUGAAGAGCUUCAGAAUGUAGUACGAGAUCAUCGUGCUAACUUCAAGCAGUCCAUGGAUGUCCUGAAGAUGGCCAAGGAGUAUGCCCCUGCCGGUACAUUGACAAAGACUUCAAUAAUGUUGGGCUGUGGGGAAACUCCGGAACAAGUUGUUAAAACAAUGGAAAAAGUGCGUGCAGCAGGUGUUGACGUAAUGACAUUUGGUCAGUACAUGAGACCAUCAAAGCGUCACAUGCCUGUUUCUGAAUACAUUACUCCAGAAGCCUUUGAUAAUUAUCAAGUUCUUGGCAUGCAAAUGGGAUUUCGAUAUGUGGCUUCUGGCCCCAUGGUUAGGUCAUCAUACAAGGCAGGGGAAUACUAUAUUAAAUCCAUGAUAGAAUCUGAUCGUGCAGCAUCUUCUUCGUAACUUCUUGCUUGAGAUGAUACAAUACUUUGCAUUUUGCACCACAAACUUGAUGUUCACACAACAUUUUUUGAGAUUGAAAAGUGUAGGGAGCCAUCUGACUUGCUUCCUUUGCCACGUUUCUUCAAAGAAAGUGGAGAGCUAAUACAAAGAAAAAAAAAGAUGUUGGUAUUCAGAGUCCGAUGGGCUUUUAACAUUUGCCUGCUGUAAGCUGCUGUUAUAUCAAAUAACCUCUUGCAGUUGUACAUUAACUUAAUGUAAUUAUUCUUUCAAUACUGAUUUUACUUUGCCAAACAAUAAGCAUUAGAUUUUGCCUGA